CUUAAGUGGUAGCUCCUAUAUACAUGAAUAUACAAUGUUUCAAAGUGUCUGUGUGAAUUAAUUUAUUUAAGUCCAGUUAAGGCUCAGAGGUGAGCAGACGGGUGGCAUGAAAAUGAUAAUGUCGUAGUCCUUCUGUGCAGCAUCGCUCUACUGUAUUGUUAUUUGUGCAUUAACAUGUAAGCAACAUAAGACUGUGAAGGCAUUUUUUAUUAUAAUUAUUAUCAUUUACUUUGUCUUAAGCAGGUUUAUAAUGAAAUUCAAGGUUCAAGCAGUUUAUUGUCACCCACACAGAAAAGGUUACACUGAGCAAUGAAAUUCUUACAUGUAUGUAUAAUGUAUUGUUUUGUUCUACUGACCGAAAUGAAUAAUUAAAUAAAUAAAGAUACUUGAAUAAAUGUAUGUACUUACUGCCCACCAUCAUCGGUGACAGACAUAAAUAACACAUCUGUGGCACUGCUACAUUUUUAAUGCAACAUCUCCCCUGCUGAGCAGCAGCUCAGUGCAGCGAUUCAAAUGUUGUAGGUCUCCAUAACCACAGUGCCUGGAAACAUGCUGCGAGGAUCAGCUCUGCCUCUGUACACACAAAGCUUGUACCAGAAAGAGACACUUUCUAUCUGUUAAACCCUCUCUGAGUAUCCAGUCUUUUCAGCAAGCCACCCAUGAGAAGGAACUUUCAUCCGGACAUGGAAAGGAUUUCAGGAGAGUGAGAACAACUGUAACACAAGGUGCCACAACAAAACGGUGGUCAUCAAUGGCAGCUAAAGAGGGCAAACCGUGGUGGGAUCCAUAUGAAACAUCUCACAGAAAACAGUUUGUCUACCAGCCGAACUCUGCUGCAGAGUUUCUGGUCCGCCCAAUGUCAACAACAUUUAUAGACUCCUACUCACGGUCUGGAAGUUUUGGUUCAACUGUGUACAAGAAGGAGUUUUGCUGGAAGCCGGUCUGUAAACCUGAAUGCAUUCGCACAGCAACAGCCUCGGGACACAGGAGAAACAAUCCACAUCCAAGCCAGUCAUUCAUGAUGUGGAAACAGCCCAGGGACGCUGCACAAAGCUCUGACUACGUUGCGUUCCCGUGGAAUAGUCCCACUUCUGAGGGGGAGAUCCGUAAGGCCUUGACAGCGCAGUACUGCUCCACCUACAGGUGUAACUUCAUGGGCAUGCCUCAAGGACGUGAUGAUUUUAAUAAAGCAGAAAGACGACUGCACAACAGGCGCCACAUACCGCUCACUAACAACACGGAGAUGAGGGCCAAUUAUCGCCAACUAAAGCAAAAACCCGAACUGCAGGAAAAUCUCUCGCACUACGCCAUAGCUCCAAAUGUGACCUCCUGUGGUAUAGUCCCAACUGUUGUAAAAAGGCAUGUUGACACCCAGCAGAAAGGAUCUGACAUGACAACCUAUGACCAGUUUUGUGGAAAGAGACUCAGUAAUGUCACAUCUCUGAUCAAGUCUCUGCUGCCUCAGGAGCUGCAGCAGUUGCACAGAAUCUUACCUGAGAAAAACAAAGCGACUGUGCAAACAGUUCUUAAAAAAGAUGCUUGUGCAAAAAAUGAGAAGAAUGUGAAACUCCCAGAAGUUGGCCGUAAUUCCAGCUCACCAGAGUGGAUCUCAAGCUGGCCAGGCCCUCUCUAAACCUCACUGCUUAUAUUAGUGGUAUGAUCACGACUGGUGGUGUUUUGACAUACUUUUUAAUGUUUCACGAGUAAAAAUAAUACAGCCUUAAGCACAGCGUCUGUCAGUAUUUGUUGGCAGAUGUGUGUAACUUGUGUGUCGUGAUAAUUAAAUAUCUGAACCAGAUGU